CCCCCGUCUCACGCAUGCUCAGCCAAACUCACUACCGUCAGCGCGCGGCCUCGGGAGGAGGAUAACGAUACAAUGGCCGAAGAAACAACCACCAGCGAUGAAAAAACGGCUCAGUCCUCUGCUGACAGCAGCAGACACCGCGAGGACAGAGAUGAAAGGCGGCGGCGGCGGCGUGUUCAGUGGUGUCGUGUUGCGGCGGCGGCGGCUGAUCUCAGAGCAGCGUCCCGUGUGUUUGAGCGCCGGCUCGGAGCUCAGGACUGUGGUCUGCUGGUCCAGCCUGGUCUUUCUUGUGGUCUCCAGCCCCUCGUGGACUCUCAGAGUUCACCGCACACCUGCAGCUCAGGACACGCUGCAGGUCGGUGGGUGGUCCCGUGUCUCAGCUGUUCUGACAACAGGACGUGUGAUUGGCGGGAGGUUGCCUGGCAACCAGACGGCUGUUACCACACAGUGGUGGAGCGCCCCCUGCUGCAGGACUGUCUGAGGGACAGGAAGGUGCUGUUUAUCGGUGACUCGACAAACCGCGGGAUGAUGUACUUCCUGAUGGAGCGCGUCAACUCCAGUCUGGAGGACUGGGGGAAGGCCCACGACACGCUGGUCUACAGGGACCUGAACGGAGGACGGACGCUGGUCAGCUACUCCUACUACCCCCAGUUCUGGUUGGACAGGACGCAGAGACCCACCUUCAGACAGGCGCUGCGCCAGCUUAUCAACAGGUCACGACCUCUGCUGAACUCUAACCGGACGGUGCUGGUGGUGGGCGGAGUCCAGUGGCUCAACACAUACCACCUGAAGACGGUCAGAGACGUCCUCAGCAG